CUAUUUGUUCUGUUUCUCUUUUUUUUUUUAAACGAAAAAAACAAAAAAAAAAACCUUCAAAGCAGCACUCGAGAUCUCGUGCUGAAUGAAGGAGGCCAAGAGGAAAGGCCGUCACUCUGGACAUGGUAAGCGCAAAGGUACCAGGGAGGUUAGACUGCCUAGCAAGGUGCUUCGGAUGAGGAGAUUGAGAGUCCUCAGGCGUUUGCAUCGCAAGUAUAGUGAAUCAAAGAAGAUUGACAAACACAUGUAUCCUGACAUGUACAUGAAGGUGAAGGGUAAUGUUUUCAAGAACAAGCGUGUGCUGAUGGAAAACAAUUUGAGGCUAGGAGGGCAAAGAACAAGGCAAGCAGGGAGAGAGUUUGCAAGGAGGGAAGAACGUUUGGCUCAGGGACCAGGAGGAGAAAAGCCAGUACAACCUGCAGCACCAGCCCAGGGAUCUAACAAGUAAACGCAAUGAGCAUGAUGAACUGUAAGGAGGGUUGACGCACUAUGUCUACUUAUUGUCCUUGUUAGUAUGGCAGUUUAGUAUGUUUGAUACCUUCCCUUUUUGGCCUAAUGUUACUUGUAUGAAUUUGAAAGCUGGUAGGAAGAAAAAUAAUAUAUAUAUAUAUAUAUAUAUAUAUAUAUAUAGCUUUGCUUUUGUUUC